AUCGUGGUCGCUUAUCAACAUGGAUUGGUCCACUGUUCAUGAAAUCAUGCCUACCGUCAUCGCCCCCCCGCUUUUUCCGCCCUCCGUCUCUCGCUCAAACAUGGAACAGGAUCAGAAGUUCAGUGGCCCGAAUGACAUUCUUGCAGCUUCUCUGACGACUGGCGUCUUCUUCGAUGUGAUGUUUCUGGCGUACACUCGCCGGGGGAGUUCGAAGAACUCGUUGUUGCGCCCUGAGCCUAUCUACGCAACCUCCCGAGUCCUUGAAGAUGUGGGAGUUGACGUAACAUCUGAUGAAUGUAGUAUGUGGAAGCGGGUCUCUCCCAGCGGUGCACCCUCUCGCUCUGAGCUCUACGACUACGAGGAAGACAGUGAUGUCGAUGAAGACGAGCAACAAGUCCUCGAAGAACUUGUGCCCGAACCAGUUGACGCUGAUACACUCACGGACCACGACUCUGACUGUGUCACGGUCGAACAUUCGCCGACUGAUUCUUCUUGCACAACGUCUGAUCUCGCUUCCAUACAGAAAGCUUUGCACCAAAUGUACACUCAACACUUGCCAACAUAUGUUAUCACCGGUGUUUCCCACAGAACAUGGCGGGCCUUCAUCUACUAUUGUUACACCAAACAGGUCAACUUCGCCUCACUUACCUCUAUGCAGACUCAAAUAGAUACACACGCAUCCACACAAGCGCCCUUGUGUUCACCGAAGUCCAUGUACCGUUUGGCGAUGAAAUUGAACAUACCAACUUUAGCGGAAAAAGCACUCCGCGAUCUCAAAACGAAGCUUACGGUAGAUAACGUCCUCCCCGAGUCCUUGAGCAAGUUUGCCGCCACAUAUCCGGAGGUCCGCGAAAUCACCACGAGCCUUCUACUCAAGCACCGUUGCACGCCCGAGAUUAUACAGUCACUUCCUGCUCAAGUGGAGAGAAUGCUGAGCGGAGAGAUGCCUCAUGUCAAACCCGUUCUUCUCGCUUUGCUGGGCGCACAAGCACCGUCACCAGUAAUCAGCACCUUGCAUCAAGUCAUCUCGUCAACGGCUCCGAAGCCAUUCCAGUCCAGUUUCAGCUUAUUUGGGGGUCGGAACACUGAAUCAUUUAGGACCAUCCAUCCAACCGUAUCUGAGAAAACAGUAAUCGCGUCUAUGGGGGAAAAUGGUGAAGACAAGUUCGACAGCACGAGCGCCUAUGAGCCGAAAGUGGCCGAUGUGGCAGCAGCGGGAAACGUGGCAGCUGAGUUUACCCCAACAGACGAUGUUGCCAAACCGCUAUUUGAUCCAGACUCUACUGUAGAGCCAACGCCAACGCUGUCGCAUACGGAUACAAAGAACGACAGCUUGAUAGAUAUUGUACCUAUUUGCAGUGCCCCCGCGGAAGUCAAGAAGAAGAAGGAGAAAAAGUCAACGAAGGAGAAGAGCCCACGUCAGGAGGAGGAGAAGAGGAGGAAGAAGAAUAAGGAGAAGAAGAGGGUGGAGGAGGACAUCAGACGCAUGAUGUCAUCCAUUGACGAAAACCACGAAUGAAUUGGAGGCUGUUACUAACCGAGUCAAAAUAUCAAGUCAGAGACUUAAUUGGCCUCCGUCCAAUUUCACGUCGAGCCCCGUCUAUACGUUGAGCCCUUGAGCCUCGCUUCAUAAUGUAAAAAAAAACUCCUUUUGAGCCUCGAAUACGAAGAGUUCAUGUUAGC